AUGCCCAGCAGCAGGAAGUUGAUGACUUCAUCUUACACCGGCGAGUGGAGAGAUCCUCCCGCCGUCCCCAUAGACCCAAGCGUCAACACCUGGUCCCGCUUCGGCCCAACCUUUGAAGCCUACGAAUACUCGGGCUGGAUCGACGAGAGCGUCUCCUGGAAGACGGACUGCUACAUUGGCGAAUGGUCGCCGCUCUUCAAAGCCCGCGUCACAGGUCCGGAGGCGCAAGUCUUUUUCGAAUACAUCUCGACCAACCGCUGGCCCAACUUCAAGCCCGGACAAGCGAAGCAUGCCAUCUUCUGCCAGGACAACGGAUGUGUCGUCGGCGAAGGUCCGGUUCUGUUGCUUGGAAAGGACGAUUUUCUCUUUACGAGCGGUCCCGGGACGGUCUGGCUCGUGUACCAGUUUCAACAGGGGAGAAAGAAGUUUGAUGCCACUCUGCAGCUGGUCACUGAUGACUGGUUCCUUCUUCAGAUUCAAGGUCCUCGAAGCGUUCAGCUUCUGGAUGAAGUGACUGACAAGGGCGUCCGGGAUAUCAAGUUCAUGCAUUAUAAAGAGCUCUCCAUCGACGGCAGCAAGUUCCUCUGUCUGAGGCAAGGUGUUUCCGGCGAACUCGGGUUCAAGCUUUGGGGAUCGACGAAGGAUGCCAAAAAGAUAUAUGGUUCUAUCGUGGGUGCCGGAAAGAAGCAUAACAUCCGCCAACUGGGUGCCCGCGCAAAGAUGGUCAAUCACGUUGAAGCCGCAUUUGCAAUUCCCGCCGCUGACUUCAUCCAGGCCGUACACGCGCCCGCAGAUGACAAGGAACUUCUCCAGUUCCGUCAGUUGGCGCGAGACAUCGGCUUCGACUUUGACCACUAUCUCUCCAAAGCCAGCGGCAGUCACGGCGCAGACCCCGUCUCCUACCACUUCACGCCAUACGACCUGAACUGGGGCUGGCUCAUCAACUUUGACCACGACUUCAUCGGACGCGAUGCCCUUCUCAAGCUCAAAGACAGUCCUCCGAACCAGCUGGUGACGCUCGUCUGGAACGAGGAAGACGUGACUGAUGUUUUUGCGUCUCUCCUUCGACCGGAGCCCUUUGAGUACAUGGAGAUACCUCACAGCUUGCUUGGUUAUGUGGUCGGUAGUACAGUCCUGCUGGGAGGCAAGACGAUUGGGUGCGCUGUUUCUCGGUGCUACAGUUAUUGGUUCAAGGAGAUGGUAUCACUGGGGAUUGUUUCCAAAGAACAUGCAGCCCCCGGGACGGUCGUAGAGGUGAAGUGGGGAUCUGAAGGAUCUCCUGUGAAGACCAUCAGGGCGACUGUACAGGCUGCGCCGUAUAAAGAGGACAAGAGACGGCACUCCAUUCAGAAGUAAGUAUUCAUAUCACAAGGAUAAACAGUGGAGCUGGAAAAGAGUGGUAGCAUCAAAUGUUCGCAUACGGCAUCUUCAGCUUAGACCUCCUUGGAGAACCUGCUCAAUCUUCUCAUUGAGACACUUCUACCAAUAGAUGAUUGAGAAAUGCAAAGCUAUGCCGGCCCAUACACAGAUUGAUCAGGAAAGAGUUGUCAGGACCAUUGUUUCAACUCAGAUGGCAGUCUCAAGGUUUGCAAUGCUAGGCGGCUUUUACGCGCUUUCGCUAGCUUUGUGCCAAUGACAGAAUUUAUC